GCCACUGUAGCCGGCCAUGAUCCCGACGCGUUUCGUACGCCAUAACGAACGUGAGGCAUGAGGCGUGCGCCGUACGAAAGAUCAGUUUUGAAUAAACGUGCUCAAUAGAGUAUUAAUUAAAGUGUUGCGUUCUAUCAGUUUUCGACAUAUAUGCCCCCGCGUCAUCGGGUGGUUUUCACGGGUUCGCGCUGUUCUUGCUGCCCGUGAUAUCGCGUCACGCUUGCCCGUGACGCGAAAUUCUUCCCACAUCGUGUGUGUGUGUGUGUGUGACGGGAGAAAAAGAGAGAGAGAGAGAGAGAAAGAAAGAGAUUAACACGACGGUGAGAUACGCGGCGAUUGGAUGGACGUCGUACAGAAGCUACACUUCGAAGCGUGCAACAUGCCGCAAUAUGAGGAAUUGAACGUCAGCUGUCGCACCAACAGCUCCGGCUGCGAUGUCGACGAUCUGUUGGACACCUCCGUGGAGGACUUCUGCUCGCCGCUGCAACCGCGUAAACUCUUCUUCAACUACAUGGAAUCCGGUCCGGAACCCAGUCUACGGACUAACAAUAAUAACAAGGUUGCUCCGGCUGUUAUGACAGGUACUGCAAGCAUUAAGAUACCUGUUCAUGAAAGUAGCAGUUCUCUGGCAUCUAGUCCACCAUAUAAGCGUGUUCGUGCAUUACGUUUAUUUGAUUCACCUGCAACCCCAAAAACUUUAAUGGAAAAGAGCGUGAUGCAUACCCCGUUUAUUCCGAAAUGUAAUAGGCUGUUCUCUUUAGAGAAACCAAGGCCAUGUAUUCAUCCAAGUAAAUCUGAAAUAAAUUUUCCUGCUGCAAAUGUAAAUCCAUUUACACCUAAUGGUAUGUUACUAGCAGCAAGGAAAAGAACCAGAUCCAAACGUAGUCUCAAUAGCUUGUCAGACCUAGAGAUACCAAAGUUCGAUCUUGCCGACUCCGAGGAUUCCGACAAUGAUAUCGAGCAAGUGACGAAACGCGUGGCGCUGCAGACCUCGAAUAUAACCCGUUAUCACCAAGAGUUUCAUGAACUUGGCCUGAUCGGGACCGGCGAAUUCGGUUCUGUUUACAAGUGCAUCAAUCGGCUGGACGGCUGUACGUAUGCCAUCAAGAAGAGCAUCAAGCCGGUCGCGGGCAGCAUCAACGAGAAGAACGCGCUGAACGAGGUAUACGCGCACGCCGUGCUCGGGAAACACCAACACGUAGUGCGCUACUACUCCGCCUGGGCGGAGAACAAUCACAUGAUCAUCCAGAACGAGUAUUGUAACGGCGGUAGCCUGGCGGACGUGAUCGCUCGUCUGCAGACGCAGAAGAUACACCUGUCCGAACCGGAGCUGCGCCAGCUGCUGCUGCACGUAGUGGAGGGCCUGCGAUACAUCCAUAGCAUGCAACUGGUGCAUAUGGACAUCAAACCGGGCAAUAUUUUCAUUUCCAAGGAGAAACGAUUGCUGGCCGUGAACUACGACUCCGCCGACGAUGGAUUCGACGAGGAGGAGACCGUCGAGGAAGAAAUAACCUAUAAGAUCGGUGACCUUGGCCAUGUAACGUCUAUCAACAAUCCACAAGUGGAGGAGGGCGAUUGUCGUUACCUGCCGACGGAGAUCCUGCACGAGGAUUUCGCUCAUCUGCCCAAGGCCGACAUCUUCGCCUUGGGACUGACUGUUUAUGAGGCAGGCGGCGGCGGGCCCCUGCCGAAGAAUGGACCCGCGUGGCACGAAAUCAGGCAGGGAAAUUUGAAGGAAUUAUCGCAUUACAGCCGCGAUUUCAAUGGUUUACUGAAGCUGAUGAUUCAUUCCAAUCCGGAAAUGAGACCAUCCGCAAUAUCACUGAUACAACACCGAGUUCUGUGUCCUCUCGGCAAUAAAACCAAAGCACAAUUACGAAGAGAAUUGAACGCAGAGAAAGUGAAAAAUGAGAUUUUAUCGAAGCAGCUUCAACAGGCGGCAAAGUGCCUAAAAACUUUAGCGUCGCCUAAUGUCGCCGCUAUCAACACGAUGAACGCUGGAGGUUACAAGCUGCGACCGACACCCACCAGAACGUCAUCCCGUAUUGUGGGUAAAAGGGUCAAUCGUAGUAGUAGCACUACAAACUUUUGAAGGAAAAGCCUUUUGUGUUGAGAUUGUGGUAUAGACAAACGGAAUAAGAGAUAAGGUAUUCGGGGAGCAAGCAGGAUUUCCCGAGACGCCUUGAUAUUGUGAUAUCGUAUUAAUUCUAGUUUGUAAGUAUGAUCACUGAUACGAUAAUAAGACGCUGAUGUUAUGCAGACGGGAUAAGUAAAAGCAAGUGAAAAAUUGCAUGUAAAUGAAUUUAGAUAAUUAUUGCAACACGAUAUUUGCACGUGUACAUUUUCACAAAGUGCAUCUGAUAUAUCUUCACAUAACUAUAUUUUCAGGUGUAUUAUGUUAUGAUUACUUGAAACUGAUACAAUGCUUACAGUAUGAGAUUUAGUAGAGAUUUUUUUUCUUUUCAUCUUAAAAAAUUACAGAUUUAUAAUUAUGCUCAUGCCUUUUUUACAUUUUAUGACAAUAGUCAGUAUUGCACUGUAAACAUAACUCUUGGACGUCGCGUUUACUGUCUUCUCCUCGUUGCUCGUGCGUUAGAGCUUCUACAGAUGCGUGUCAGUAAUUCUACAAAUAUAUAGUAGUGAUAGAAACUUUGUAAAGUUUCAGCACGGGAGAGAUACGUACACACUCACGUGCUGAUGCGUGCUGUUCGCGGACCAAAGUUUUUAUCACUGAUAUACAGAUGCACCUACGAGAGAAAGUAUGUACAAACAUUAAACGGCUUAUUCUAAAGCGCAAAUGGCGAGCAGGAGACAAUACGUGAUAUUCGACAAUUACUUCUAAUUCCGGGCACUGCUUUAUUAUCAAUGAAAUUUUGUUUCUUUUUUCACUUUAUUUUCUUUUAUAUAAAUAGCAAUGCACAACUGGACAAAUACGUUUCAGUUGCAUUGAUAUCAACAAAAAUUAUUCUUAUAUAUUCAUUCUUUAGACAUUCCUGUUGCUAAUUGUAAUACUUCUUUUUUUUUACAAUCUGUGCAACGUCAUGUGAACUAUCUUGUACACGGAGCAAGUUUUAUUGUGUAUGAACAUAACAAACCUGACUUUCGAGUACACAUCUACCCGUUGAUAUUAACUGUUUAUUUCAUUCAGUGUACUACCAAAAAUAAGGGAAACGUAAUCUUCUUUGUCCUUAAGAUGAUGUAAUUUAAGGAUUAAGCGCGAAACUUCAGCUUGACGAAUAUAUUUUUCUAUUGCAAUAUGUGUUUUAUAGAAUGCGUUAUUUAUUAUCUAGCUAUUCAACGGUACUGUGUCUUUUCUUAUUAUUAUUAUUACCCAUCUUUUGUAAAAUUAAUAGUCUUCCAUUGCAAUGUCAUGCAUACACCCAUCGGUCACAUAAAUGAUAUAAUAUAAAAGAAAAAUUUUGUAUUAGUUCAUUAUUCGUAAUUCUCAAUUUUCUCUGCUUAACGAAAAAAUAUCAAUUGUUAAUCAUUUAGAGUCAUUCCAAUUAUAUCGUUUUUCUCAUAUCAUAAUGCAGAAUCAACGUUCCUCGUCAUUAUUAUAUUAGCAUUUAGACCGACAUGCACGACUGUUAUAUUUUACUGGUUGAGACUGCAAAAUGAUUUUAUCAAAUGAUUGAUUUAUACAUAUGUAAUAUCUAACUCUGCUGAAAAGAUCGUAAUAUUUGUUUUCGCGGAAUUGAGUAGAAUAACCUAACUAACAUAUAAAAUCAUAAGUGUGUGAUUCAGCAUGACAUUUCCACUGAAAAGAGAAAGAAAAAAAUUUUAAGUUUACUUUUAUAAUAUUUUAUAGUAACUUAAUCAUUGCUUAGCAUGCUCUAGAAUUCUUAUUCUACAAAGUAGGCUAAACAAGCGUUACAGAUUAAUAUCUCAGAAGAAAUAUGUUAUUGGAAAAAAAAAUAAACAAAAGUUGUGAGAUUUUGAGAGGAACAUAAGAUAAUACUAUUAUUAUGACAAUAAAAUUGUUUUUCCUAAGUUAUUUUUGGAUUAAUUUCUAUUUUUUAAAGAGAAGAAUGUGAUUCGUUUAAUUCGUAAAUCGAUUCACAAGUUAAGACAGAAGGUCAUUCUGUUAUAAAAACUGUAUGAUUUUAUUAAAAAAAAUAAAAAUUGGUCUUGAAAUAAACUUCGAAAAAAUAUUUCACCAUCGCAGUGACAUUACUAUCUUAUGUUCUCCUCGAAAUCUUAUAACUUUUACCUGAAAUAUUUAUUUCGAAUAUAUUUCUUCUGAGAUGUUAGUCUGUAAUGUUUUGAUUGGUUCAAUCUGUAUAUUUAACAUUAUAUCGGUAUUUUAAGUUAUAUGUAUAAAAUACGUAACAUAUUUUAUACAUAUAUAUUUAGAGUAAUCUCGAUGUGUGUGUAUAAUAAAUCAGUGUUCUUUUUUUUUAUUUUUUAGUUUGUUCAGCACUUAGGUGCCAUACAAUUGCUAUCAAGAAAGUAAACGGAAAAAUUAGAAAACUAAAAAUCUGUUUCGCUAGUUUUAAAUAUGUACUGUCGUCAUCCACUACAUACUAUCAUUCUCUUUCAAAUUCAAAGUAUAUUUAUUCAAAUAUUUUUAUAUGUGAAUUCUAUUUCCAAUCUUGUAUGUGACAGAUAGAUAGAGUUCUAAUAUUUUUUUAUAUUAUAUAUUUUGCUAUUUUUCGCAAUUGUUGAAGCUUCUAUUCUCGUAACAGAGUGAUUAUUAAGAAUAUAUUACAAAGAAUGAAUGUAUUGUUCAAAAAGACACUCGUAAAACUUAUUUGACGGAAGUUCACAAUUAAUUAUUUUUCAAAGAAGGUGCUGUAUUUUCUGUGUAUUAUGAUUUAAUAUAUACGUAACGCGUUUUGUUACUUUUCUAGAUUAUAAGGUACAUUGAAAUAUCAUUACUUUAAAUUAUUGAUAAGACUUUUCUUUUAAUUUUAUUCAUUCUUACGAAUAUAUAGAACAUAUAAAUUAACUUAAUUGCGUUUCAUUGCCGAUUAUUAUUAAGUAACAGAUUUGACGUAUUUUCUAUUUGUAUGAUGAUUUGAUGAUAUCUGAUAAAAUAGAAUUCUUAUCUUUUAUUUUCUAAUAAAAAAACAUAGAGAGAUGAGAUUUGCUAAAUUUUAUAGUUUAUCGGAAGUAAUUACACCAAAUGUAAAAACGGUACAUAAACCUCAUGUAUGAUUACACUUAAAGACUUGGGCGGCACAUUUAGUUUUAAGACGCUAUAGAAAGUUACAAUUUUUUGUAUGAAGGCACGUUAAUAAGCGAUUUAAUAAGUGAAGAACAUGUCUUUCUACAAUAUAUGACAAGAAACAAGGUUGAAGGAAUUAGCAUGAAUGUGUGCCUGUUUACCAUGUUUCUUAAGCAGACUGCAAACUGUUAUUCUGCUAACCGUACUAUUAUUAUUGUCACUAUUAAUUAUUAACUGCUAUUAAUUAUUACCACACUUAUUAUUAUUAUUAUAAAUAAUAAUAAACUGUUACGAUUA